UUUUUCCAAGGGUUGGCCCAUACAAUGUUUAUCACAUUCUUUUUUCAGAACAAUUAUGCGAGAAAUGGUAAAUGGAUCAGUUAGACAAGAGUAAACCAAUUAGCUGAAGCCCAUAACCAUUGAUUCCCUUGAAACAGGCAGCGGCGCAACGCCCGCAGCUCUCGGCAGGCCAAGGCUGUAUCAGUUGCGCAACAAUAAGAAACAAAGAAUAUAAACAAAGGCAAAAUUGCCCCCUCCUCGCCCGCGGGUCUCAUAGUAAUAGUUCCCAAGUCUCAAGUCUUCAAGGGUUGAAGAUGGAAGCAGCCACAGGCAGAGCCACUUUGAUUGGAUCUUCUAUGUCCGUACAUCGGCCUUCAACCUCCGUUACCAGAUCGGCUUUUUGGGCUGCCAAUGGCCUUCAUUUUCUACGUUUCGCUGCCGAACCACGCCUCCCUUUCCCGAUUAAGCAUUAUUCUUCAGUCUCUUACUCAAAAUCACAGAAUAGGAGAAUGGCUUUGGGGAGUAGGAGAGGCAUAGUUGUUAGGGCAUCAUCAUCACCAGACUCAGCUGAACCCACUGCUCCAAUUGCACCGCUUCAGAUGGAGUCUCAAAUUGGGCAGUUUUUGUCUCAAAUCUUGAUAAGCCAUCCACAUCUUGUGCCUGCAGCAGUUGAGCAGCAGCUUGAACAGCUUCAAACUGACCGUGAUGCUGAGCAGAAAAGGGAAGAGCUGCCUGCUUCUGGAAUGGAUUUAGUAUUGUAUAGGAGAAUUGCUGAGGUUAAGGCUAAUGACCGAAAAAGGGCUUUAGAAGAGAUCCUCUAUGCAUUGGUUGUACAAAAGUUUAUGGAUGCCAAUGUCUCUUUGGUGCCUGCAAUAACUCCCACUUCUACAGAUCCUUCAGGUCAAGUGGAUACGUGGCCAAGCCAAGAAGAUGAGCUUGAGCAGCUUCACUCACCUGAGGCCUAUGAAAUGAUCCAAAACCACUUAGCUCUCAUUCUGGGAAAUCGAUUGGGUGAUUCAACAUCUGUAGUACAGGUAAGUAAACUCAGGGGUGGGCAGGUCUAUGCUGCAUCAGUGAUGUAUGGAUACUUCCUGAAGCGGGUUGACCAGCGAUUUCAGCUUGAGAAGUCCAUGAAAAUCCUUCCAAAUUCUUUAGAUGGUGAAGGAAGUAGUAUUGAGCAAGCUGUGGGGGAGGACAUGAGACCUGCUGCUCUAGGGGACUCCUAUCAAGCUGUUUCAUCAGACCCUGAAGUCUCAUCUUGGUCUGGUGGCAUCAGUCCUGGAGGUUUUGGUCAUGGGAUAAACCCCUCUCGGUUACGGACUUAUGUGAUGUCUUUUGAUGGGGAGACAUUUCAGAGAUAUGCGACAAUUAGAUCAAAAGAAGCUGUUAGCAUUAUUGAGAAGCACACAGAGGCCCUAUUUGGAAGACCUGAGAUUGUUAUAACUCCACAGGGCACUGUUGAUUCUUCCAAGCAUGAGCUUAUUAAAAUUAGCUUUGCUGGUUUGAAGAGACUUGUUUUGGAGGCUGUGACUUUUGGUUCUUUUCUAUGGGAUGUUGAAAGCUUCGUGGACUCAAGGUACCAUUUUGUUAUAAAUUAGCUAUGUUAAAUUACAUCCCUGCCAAAGCAAACUUUGUAGUGGGAACUCAACUGCCAGACUAUGGUUUAAUUGAGUGUAAAUUUGGUGAUUGUUACUUAGCAAUUGGCAUUGGUUAUUCUGUAAAUAGUUCAGUUUUCCUAUUGGAAGUUGCAUCUUGAUACAUGCAGCUGUUUGAGAUUUAUCUUAUUUUUCCUCUUUGAUUUUAUAACUGGAACAUAUAUAUGAAACGGUAACAUCUGAGCUGUGAUAUUCGGAAGAUGUUAUUUGGUUUGAAGUUA